CUCAGUCAGUACUCUGAGUCUAUUGAUCCUAAGUGCCUCUUGUUCUCACACCUUGUCAACAACAGGCACCCUGGUCCUCUCCUGUCCAGCUGUCCCAGACCUCCAGCGGAGUGUGGACGUCUUUCUCUGCCUACCAACACUCCCCCCCCCCCUUCUGCUUCGACUCCGUCUGCCUGGAUCCAAAUGUGGAUUUCUUCCUCUUAGACCUACCCGUCUAGACCCCCCCCCCCACCCCUGUGCUGUGACUUCCUCUCUGUCUGUCUCGCCACCAUGCUGCCGCGCACCUCAGCCUUCCUUCUGCUCUCUCUCUGCCUCUCCUGGGGGAUGUCUGCUUCUCUGGUCAGGAACAUCACUCCUGAAGAGGAAGUCCCAGAAGCAGAAACCAAGUUCGGGGAUGAUACCGUCACUGCUACCGAGGGUGAUACCGUUGCUGCUGCUGCUGCUACCGAGGGUGAUACCGUUGCUGCUGCUGCUGCUACCGAGGGUGAUACUGUUGCUGCUGCUACCGAGGGUGAUACCGUGGGGGCAGAUAGCCUGGUUGUUGAUGAUACGCCUAUCGCUGUAGAUAUCAGGGUGGAGGGUGAUACCGUGGGGGCAGAUAGCCUGGUUGUUGAUGAUACGCCUAUCGCUGUAGAUAUCAGGGUGGAGGGUGAUACCGUGGGGGCAGAUAGCCUGGUUGUUGAUGAUACGCCUACCGCUGUAGAUAUCAGGGUGGAGGGUGAUACCAUGGGGGCAGAUAGCCUGGUUGUUGAUGAUACGCCUACCGCUGUAGAUAUCAGGGUGGAGGGUGAUACCAUGGGGGCAGAUAGCCUGGUUGUUGAUGAUACGCCUACCGCUGUAGAUAUCAGGGUGGAGGGUGAUACCGUGGGGGCAGAUAGCCUGGUUGUUGAUGAUACGCCUACCGCUGUAGAUAUCAGGGUGGAGGGUGAUACCGUGGGGGCAGAUAGCCUGGUUGUUGAUGAUACGCCUACCGCUGUAGAUAUCAGGGUGGAGGGUGAUACCGUGGGGGUAGAUAGCCUGGUUGUUGAUGAUACGCCUACCGCUGUAGAUAUCCGGGUGGAGGGUGAUACCGUGGGGGCAGAUAGCCUGGUUGUUGAUGAUACGCCUACCGCUGUAGAUAUCAGGGUGGAGGGUGAUACCGUGGGGGCAGAUAGCCUGGUUGUUGAUGAUACGCCUGCAGUGGAGGAACCUGUAGAAGACACCCCAGUGGCCGAAGACCUGGUGGCCGACAAGCCUGUUGCAGAUACCGUUGUACCUGGGGCAUUUGUAGUCAAGGAAGCAGUUGCGGACUCCCCUGUUGCUGAUGCCGUUGUAGCUGGGGCUUUUGUAGUCAAGGAAGCAGUUGCGGACUCCCCUGUUGCUGAUGCCGUUGUAGCUGGGGAAUUUGUAGUCAAGGAAGCAGUUGCGGACUCCCCUGUUGCUGAUGCUCCGCUAGUAAACGCCCCUGUCGUGGCAGAUGAAGUCCCAGACACAGAGGCCCUCACAGCGGACAUGCCAGUGGUGGAAGACCCUGCUUACAUGGAUCCGGAGACCCUUGUUAAAGAGGCCCUGAUAACAGAAGCCAUGAUUAAAGAGUUGUCUGCCCAGGUGGAGGAGGAAGACCUCGCUAAAGAGACUGAGAUUCAGGACGCCAUCUUGAAAGAUUUGGCUGACCAGGAGGCACUAGAAAAAGCGACAGAGGCCAUUGAAGAGGCAGCAGAGGCAGAGGCAGAAGCUCCAGCUACAGCCAGCCCUGUGGUACCUGUCGUCGAAGCCCAGGAAGGGGACUCUGACUGGGGCUUGGUUUCCAUCAAAGAGAGCCUCCAGGCAGCCAAUGGAUACUUUGACUCCCUGGUGGAAUUGAUGGGGGGACGCAACGGAUUGUGUCAGUACAAAUGCAAAUACGGUAAGACACCUGUGCAUCGCAUUGGUUAUGUGACCCCAGAGCCCAAUGGUUGCAGCUCCGACCUCCUAGGAUUCCAGGUACCAGAUAGUUUUGACAUGGGCAUCCCAGCCAUGACUCAGUGCUGUAACCAGCUGGACAGUUGCUAUGACACCUGUGGCUCCGACAAAAACCGCUGUGACUCCAAGUACCGCUUGUGUCUCCACGCUAUUUGCUCUGACCUGAAGAAGAGCCUGGGGCUUGUGUCAAAGGUCAAAGCCUGUGAGACAGUAGCAGAUACUCUGUACAACACAGUGUGGACGCUGGGCUGCAGAUCCUUCAUGAACAGCCAGAGGGAAGCAUGUCACUGUGAGGGAGAGGAGAGGGACGAGCUGUAGAGGACCAGGCUGGGACACUACACAACACCUCCCAGCCCUAGACCAAACUGGGGCACUACACUACUCA